AUGGCAGAGCUACCGGAGAUCGACAUGGCGUACGACUGCGACGUGUACGAGCCAGCAGAAGACACGUACUUGUUCGUUGACGCACUGCAAGACGAACUACCUCAAUUAGUGGCUUUGAACCCGGCGAUCUGUGUGGAAAUUGGAUGUGGAAGUGGCGCGGUGUUUGUGUAUUUAGCGACGCAACUGCAAAAGAUGGGGACGAGAGCGAUGUUCUUGGCCACGGAUAUCAACCCGUUAGCUGCUGGAGUUGCGCAACAAACGGCAAAGAAUAACGGAGCUGAAGCGUUCGACGUCGUGCGGACAGACUUGUUGCAAUGCUACGAGCCGCGGAUACAGGGACACGUUGACGUGCUGCUGUUCAAUCCGCCGUAUGUGCCUACACCAUCUGAGGAGGUUGGAUCAACUGGAAUUGAAGCCGCGUGGGCUGGUGGACUCCACGGACGUGAGGUUAUUGACCGCUUGUUGCCCAAAAUCAAUGAUCUACUGUCGCCGCAAGGCGUUUUCUACAUGGUUGUAGUAGUAGAGAACAAACCCAAGGAAAUCGCUGCUAUUCUCGCUAAAGAUGGCUUCGAAAUGACGGUGAGUCAUGAUCAUGGUUCGUGA